UAUUGUUAUUGCUUCACUACUCACAGCCCCGGGCUAAAAUCAGCAGUAAAAGCUUCGCGGCAGCUUUUCAGUGUAACUAGAGAGCCGCUAAUUGAGACUUGUAAAUGCUUCAGGUUCCUUGGAGGACAAGCCAUUAGCGAGCAAGCAGGACGAGACAUCGAACGAGAGAGAGUCAGUCACCAGCACCGGACUAUUUCUACAAAUUAACCAAAAUGAAAAAAAGCACAUCUAUAUAUGUGUAAAGCUGACAAGUACAACAACAGCCGUGGACAAAGUAUAUUAUGUUUUUUGGGACUCAACACGAUGGAAUUCUGUUAUUUACUUACGAGUGAAUAGAAAAGACGCACAAUUAUUUAGUCUGGAUCAAAACUGGAUUUAUUGUAAUUAUUGUGGCACUGCGGUCGAUUACUACGACUAAUAAGGAAAGCAACAUUAAAUACAAUAAAAGAAAAGCACUUACGGAAAUAUUUUGUACAUGUUCUCGAGAAACAGAAACAGCGGACAAUAGGACAAAAGUGGACUUUGCGCUGCUCCUUUCCAACCAGCAAAACACCCCCCGGGCUUCCUUGGAGACACCACGCAGGGGCCGUGAGCUAUUGUUGUGGAUGAGUCUGCGCCCGAUUUACUUUUCAGCACUGUUUACUAUUCUUUUAUACGGGGGAUCCGAGUGUUCAUCCUCACAAUAAUAUUGCUUUUUUCAUUCAAGUGUCCGCUACUUCAGUGAAGCGAAAUUGUGUAUUAUUUAUCGGAAACAAGGGUGCACCGAAGAUACAAAUAAGGAACCGCUGCAAAUUAAGUUUUCCUUCAUCUCCGUCUUAAAUGGUGUGCGUGAACACGAAUGGGGAAAGCGGCUCUUCUAAUUUUUUAUUGAUUUAGAUCUGCGUUUGGAGUAUUAGGUUUCUUGAGGAUUACUGGAAGUGUGUCCAUGUCUGCGUGUCUUAACUGAAGACACCUUUUUAACAGUUUAGCAACCAUCCUUUUUUGAAGAUGAAGCACAUUUGCAAGGCAAACAUCUUUCAUUUGUUUUUGUUUGUUAUCUCGAUAGUGGUGGCAGAAGAUGACACAAUUAAAGAUCAUUCUGGUUCCCAAGCUGUUGUACAGUCUGUCCUCCCAUCAAACACUACCGCAGUUGUGGGCAGCAAAGUGGAACUCUACUGUAAGAUCUACGCUUCAGCUGACACUCAUGUACAAUGGCUUAAGCAUAUAGAAGUCAAUGGCAGCCAUCAUAAGACAGAUGGGAAACCAUACAUUCAUGUACUAAAGGUGAAUGUACUAAAGUUUUCUGGCGACUUUGGAAAUUCUAAAGUUGAUGUCUUCCUUUUAUCCAAUGUUUCCCUUGAGGAUUCUGGGCAGUAUAGCUGCAGAGCUGGAAACAGCGUUGGUACGGCAUGGCUGACAGUUCUGCCAGAAGAUCAAUUUGAAGAGACAACAGAACAUCUUCUUUUGGAUCCUGGUGAUGUGCUUAAAUUAACCUGUGACACCAACCGCACUUCUGGAAUUAAUUGGUAUAAAGAGGCAAACAGAAUUUUGUCUGGCACACGGGUGCAAAUUCGACACAAUGUUCUGGAAAUCUCUGACAUGACAUAUGAGGACUCUGGUCUCUACUUGUGUGUAGUUCAGGGUACAGGAGAGAUACUUCGGAACUUUACAAUUACUGUUGUAGAUUCAUUAGCUUCAGGAGAUGAUGAUGAAGAUAGUGGAGGAGAUGGUACAACAUCUGAAGUGGAAGAUGAAAGAGUUUAUUUCACAAGAGCACCUUACUGGACUCAUACUCAGCGAAUGGAGAAGAAAUUAUAUGCUGUGCCAGCAGGAAACACAGUCAAAUUUCGUUGCCCUGCCAUGGGUAGUCCCUUACCCACUAUCCGCUGGCUGAAAAAUGGGCGUGAGUUCAGGGGAGAGCACCGCAUUGGUGGUAUCAAGUUGAGACAUCAACAUUGGAGUCUAGUCAUGGAAAGUGUGGUGCCAUCAGAUCGGGGAAACUAUACAUGUUUGGUGGAAAAUAAAUAUGGCAUUAUCAGCCACACUUAUCUUCUUGAUGUAUUGGAACGUUCUCCACAUCGUCCAAUCCUGCAAGCAGGUUUGCCAGCAAACACAACAGCAGUGAUCGGCAGUGAUGUGGAGCUGUACUGCAAAGUCUACAGUGAUGCCCAGCCGCACAUCCAGUGGCUCAAACACAUUGAAAAGAAUGGCAGCCGUUAUGGGCCAGAUGGUGUUCCUUAUGUACAAGUACUCAAGACGGCUAGUAUUAAUGUAUCAGAAAUAGAGGUCUUGUACUUGCCAAAUGUAAAAUUUGAAGAUGCUGGGGAGUAUACUUGUCUUGCUGGGAAUUCCAUUGGAAUCUCCUUUCAGUCUGCCUGGCUUACUGUUAUUCCGGAAGAAGAUCUGGUCCGUGAUGCAGACAUCAAUGAAACAAAGUAUACAGAUAUUAUCAUAUAUGCCUCUGGCUCACUUGCCAUUGUGAUGGCAAUUGUUAUUGUCGUGCUUUGUCGUAUGCAGUCCCCACCUACCAAGGAGCCCUUUGAUGUCUUGCCUGUUCAAAAAUUGUCUAAGUUCCCUCUUCGUAGACAGUACUCUCUGGAUUCAAAUUCAUCUGGAAAGUCAAGUGCCUCACUGAUGAGAGUUGCACGUCUUUCCUCCAGCUGUACACCUAUGUUACCGGGAGUCAUGGAGCUUGAACUGCCUCUUGACCCAAACUGGGAGUUUUCACGGGACAAUUUAGUACUUGGUAAGCCACUUGGUGAGGGAUGCUUUGGUCAAGUGGUCAGAGCAGAAGCCUAUGGAAUGAACAAGGAAAAUCUUGAUCACGCAUGUACUGUAGCAGUCAAAAUGCUGAAAGAUGAUGCAACAGAUAAAGAUUUAGCAGACUUGAUAUCCGAAAUGGAGCUGAUGAAAAUCAUGGACAAGCACAAAAAUAUCAUUAAUCUCCUUGGGGUUUGCACACAAGAUGGUCCUCUAUAUGUUAUUGUUGAAUAUGCCUCAAAAGGCAGUCUGCGUGAGUAUCUUCGGGCACGCCGUCCCCCUGGUAUGGAUUAUACAUUCGAUAUCACCAAAGUCCCUGAAGAACAACUCACUUUCAAAGACCUUCUGUCUUGUGCUUACCAAGUGGCUAGGGGAAUGGAGUAUCUGGCAUCCAAAAGGUGUAUUCACCGAGAUUUAGCUGCCAGAAAUGUCUUGGUAACAGAGGAUAAUGUAAUGAAGAUUGCAGAUUUUGGCCUAGCACGAGGGGUCCAUCAGAUUGAUUACUACAAAAAAACCACUAAUGGACGCUUGCCGGUGAAAUGGAUGGCACCAGAAGCUUUGUUUGACAGAGUCUACACACACCAGAGUGACGUGUGGUCUUUUGGAGUUUUGAUGUGGGAGAUUUUCACACUUGGGGGCUCUCCAUACCCAGGAAUCCCAGUUGAAGAACUAUUUAAACUCCUAAAAGAAGGACAUCGAAUGGAUAAGCCAUCAAAUUGCACACAUGAGCUGUACAUGCUGAUGACUGAAUGCUGGCAUGCAGUACCUUUACAGAGGCCAACAUUCAAACGCCUUGUGGAAGAGCUUGACCGAGUACUUGCCUCUGUUUCUGAUGAGUACCUGGACUUGUCCACACCAUUUGAGCAAUAUUCGCCCUCCUGUGAGGAUACUUCAAGCACCUGCUCUUCGGACAAUGACUCUGUAUUUACCCAUGAUACAAUGUCCACAGAUCCUUGUCUUCUUGGAUAUCACAAUGUCAGCUCUGGAAUAAGGCCUUAAUUAUAAUCUUAUUUACUGUGUGAAUGUAAAUAUGUUUUAAAUAUUUAUAUAUAAAAAUAUAUAAAAAUGUAUAAAUUUGAACAUUUCAAACAAAAAUAUUGCACAACCCUUUUCAAAGUGAAAAAUAUGGAAUGCAAAAUGGUGCGCCAUAAAAGAUGUGGAAAGCAAAACUUUCUGCCCCUACAAGCUUCAGCAAAAUAUCACAUUGUUUUUUUAUCUUCUCAAUGCAACAUUACAAAUAUGGUUGUCUUGAGUUUGGAAAGUUCUUUUGGGGCAUUGUCUCUGGAAUGUUCUUGUGAAGGAUCAGCCUGAAGAAGAUGUCCUUUAAUUAUAAAGUCACCUGGCUCUUGCCCAGUGGAGUAACAUGACUAAGAAAAUGGAAGACUUUGCCAAAAAUGGAGGUCACAUUUGGUAGCCAUUUUACUGUCUUGCUGAAAAUACCAACAGAAGGAAAAAGAAAUCAUAUUUGAUGUAAGAUGGAAGUCCUUAUGAAUUUUUAUACUUGUAUUUUACAGUAUGAUGUUUUAAAGAUCAUCUUCUCUCAGGACUCUUUUGUAAGUUGCUGUUGUGGCAGCAAAGUGCCUGAUUUUUAAACUUUUUUGUGAAUAGCAAAUAUAAAUGUUUCUUAUGUACAUAUGUUUAAAAAAGACUCAAUUGUAUCCUUUUCUAAAUUAUUUUUGAAUGAAAUUAAAUGAAGAAGGUGUUAUUAAAUUGAAGAAUCUGAAAAUAAGUGCAGAGAUUGUAAUAUGACAAAACUUAGCUUUAACUUUGCAGCAACAAAAUAAAGCUUGCAUUUAGUGUGCGUCAGCGACAUUUUGAAAGGAGAUAUUUUUCAACAGAAAUACUAUAUGCAAUGCAACAGUAUACAUUUUGACCAAAAUUCUUCUCCCAUUUAUCAUUAAUGCUGAGAAAUACAAGUAAAUAUUUUUACAUAUUUCACCAGCCUUGUCAAUUACUUAGUUCAUAUUAUGUUAGCAUGAGAAAAUAUGCAGAUAUUGCCAAAAUAUUUUGACACCAUAACUUUUCACCAUAUACAAAGCUCACAGUGUUCAGUUUUGUCAGCUUGUGAAUUUAUAAUGAAUGGGAAACAUUGCAUUUUAUUGCUAAAGUAACAGUCACAUGUUUUUCUAAAUGCAGUUCAUUUGAAUGUAACCCUAUUUCCUUUGCAAAAGUGCCAAAGUGUAUGUAUUUUUUAAUACAUUACAUGACCCAAGCAAGAAUUACCUUUUAUUUUCUUUCAGGAUCAGGUAUGAUCAACUGAUAGCAUUACCAAAACCGAUUAAAUCAAUCAGGGAGCUUUGUUAUUUUUGUGUUUAAAAUGUAAAUCUUUUGUUUUCAUGUAAUCUUUCUCCCAAUGGAGUUUGUGCUCCAGGUGAAAAUGGUGCCUACAAACAAUUGAAUGCAAAAGCUUUUCUGGGCGUGUCGUCUCAACUGGGGCUUUGCAGUACUUGUAUGCUAAUGCUCUGACCUUAAUAUGCAAUUUAAAAACACAGCUUGCCAUUAUAUUUAUCCACCUGUUUAACAUACAAAUGAUAAAGCAUUUAAUUUCUUUAGGAUAGACAUUUUUAAGCAAGCACUCAGCCCUACUUACAUAUUGCCAGUGGCCACAGUGUUAAAUCACACAGUGGGUCUUUGUUAAACCAGGAUAUUCUGUUAGAUUAUAAAAGUUGAGGUAAAACACCCUCCCAGUUUGCAAUUUUCUACCAUUCUAUCAUCAGUUGAUACAACAGUGCUUUUAGUCUGACUUGUUAGUGUAAGUUGUGUGAGUUGGGCUCACUCAUUCUGUGCCACUUUUUAUUUGUGAACCAAAUUUACUUAUUUUGUUAAAGUAUAAAAAUUCUGACAGAUACUGUAAACAAGCAUUGUUAUAGGUAUGAAGCUGUAAUUUCAUUAACUCAUGCUAUUUUGUUUUGUAAUACUGUAUGUAUUAUCAUAUUUUACUUGUUAACUGUUAGAUGGUCAGUGCCUGAUUUUUUAUUUCGUUUUUUUAUGCAUCUGUUUCAGAAUGUUUAAAGCUAAAUUUGUCCCAAAUGACAUUCCAUGUUUGAGUUUAAUGAAUAUUCUUAAUGCUCUGUUUGUGCUUUUGAGAAUAUUGUUAAAAUGAUUUCUAGAGUUAUACCUAAUUUAUUUGUUUUGAUAAAAAAAUAUAUAUAA